CUGCCUAGUGAAGGUGCCAGUUAAAAUAAAAAUCACACCUUAUAGUGACCCAUAACCUCUGAAGUAAGGUACAAUCAGAGACGCAAAUACAAAUCUGAAUGGGAUAAAAAGGGACGAACUGUUAAACUGACUUCAGACCGAAAGAUUAUCCGAUAGAUUUGAAUACAAAUUCAAUAUGAAAUUCGAGUUUGCGAAAAUAUGUUAAAUCCAAACACACACACAUAUUUAUUGUUAUAUAAAAAUAUUCUGAUAGCAUAUCUGUCUGUGAGAUUAUAGGAUAGGACUUACUACCACGAUUAAUAUCAGAAAAGAUUGUGCAAAGAAACACGUGUAUUGUGUGCGUAUGCCAGUUCACGAAUUUUAAUUUAUCAGGUUCAACGUAUCAAAAUGGAGGUCAAGGAGUUUCCAGUAGAAGAAGAGUACAAGAAAGGUACUGGUGUAACUCCUGAUGAUGUAGCCAAGAUUCGGAAAUGGUUGCAAACACAGCCGCAUUUACCAGAAAAAUAUAUUACAGACUUGGACAUCAUACACGCAUAUUACAGUUGCAAUAAUAGCAUUGAAGUCGCCAAACAAUUAAUGGAUCUAAAUUAUUCAUUACGAACACACUUUACAUCUUAUUUCAAGGAUCGUUUAUUUGACUCCAAAACGGAGGGGAUAUUAAAAAAACAGUUGUUCGUGUUUCUCCCCGGAAAAUCAAAAGCCGGUAAUACAAUUUUGUACACCCAUGGAUUGAACACUGACCCGAGCACAUUCGACGUUGCUGAUAAUAUGAAGGCUUUCUUCAUGAGUAUUGACUUCUGGCAGUAUGAAUGUGGUACAGCACCAGGCCUGGAGCUCGUGGUCAACUUCGUAGGUUACAACAUGAGUCAUGCACCGAAAAUUGAUUUGAAAAACGUGCAGCAGUUUUUGUAUUAUGUACAGAAAGCAAUACCAAUAAAAUUGAAGAAGAUACAUCUACUGAACUCGCCUCCCUUCAUUGAAAGGCUUAUGAACAUGAUGAAACCCUUUAUAGCAAAUGAACUAAUACAUGUUGUGCUACCACACUCUGAGGGAUUCAAGACUUUACAAGAAUAUAUCCCGGUCGAGGCCUUCCCUAAGGAUAUUGGUGGAAAUAGCAAGACACUAAAUGAAUUCCUAGAUGAAGUAAUAAAUAAGUUGAGAGCGAAUAAAAGUUUUUUCGAACAUGAAAACAAGAAGAGAGUGGUGGAAUCGCUGAGGCCCGGGAAACCGAAAACUUAUACUGAUAUAUUUGGUGGUGUAGGAGGAUCCUUUAAAAAACUAGAUAUUGAUUAGUAAAUUGUUUGUUA